GCCGGGUUCCAUGCAACCAGCAAUAUUAGAAUACCUCGCCAUACCUUCCCACAUUUCUCCCGCGCGCCGUGCGCGCCUGUAAGGCCUAGCGCUCUCCCUAGUUUUACCUCAGCUGUCGGAACAAGCACUGCGCUCCGGAAGUACAAACCUGGAAUUUCUAAAAUUUAUUCGGUUGAAUCCCGGCUCCGACUAGUUAUAGAUCCGCACCAGUGAUCAGUGGAAUAAGAUACCUGGAGAUAUAAGAUCUUGGAACAAAUUCUAUCCAGGGUUCACACUUCAGAUCAUUUUAACAAUAGUUAAGUUUCAGUUUAAUUAUACGGAAAAGGAAGUAUGAGAGGAAGUGAGAAGAACUCGUCUGCCGGAGGCCUUUCUCCGGGUAUAAGUAUAACAGGUGGUUCAAGCUCCAACUAAAUCACUCUCUCUCUCCAGUGUACAUUCUGAGCUGUAUUCAAUGCAUAUGCAUUUAUAUAGAUUCAACCUCUAGCUCAUAGAUUGAAUAUAGUAUGGAGAAACCGGGUAGAAGGGCCCCGGGGGGGCAUAAACUUAGUUCAGGAUCCGCAGGGGGGCAAAAUAAACCUAUUGGAACCAACACAUUAGAAAAGAAAAAUAAAGAUUUAAACAAAGCAACGAAAGAACUAGAAGCAAAAGUGAAAAAUUUACAGCAAAAAACUCGGACAUUACCAAAAGUUGAAAGUUCACGGAGUAAACUGCGAGAGCUGCCCUUGCCUCCCCCCAGCAAGGAGGAGGGGAGGAAGGGUAGCACCGUCACCUCCAGGAUCAGGGAGAGGGAGGCGGACUUCCAGAAGCAGGUGGUGGAGAGGGAUGAUCAGAUCUCCAGGCUUAAAGAACGUCUUAAGAUCCUGAGCACUAAGUUGUCUGAGACAAAGGAGAAAGAAGGACGGGUUGGCAGAGGAAGAGUAGGAGGAGGUGGAGGAGGAGGUGGAGGAGGGGGAGGUGGAGAGAACGAAAGAAUUGUUCAGAUUCAGAAUUCUGUUGAACAAGGAACCGAACUACAAAAUAUUAUUCGACAGGUGACAAAGGAACGUCUUCAGCUGGAGAGACAUCUGCAGAUUGCCAAUGAUUCUCUACAACGGAACAAUGGAGUUGAUCUGCACAAAUAUCUGAGUUUAGAGACAACUAACCUUCAUCUGCGGAACCAGCUGGAUAGCCUGGAUAUGCUACAGCAGGAGUACAAGCUGGUAGAGAUACAACACAGGGAGAAAGAAGAAGCGUGUAAGGAGCUGAUGAACACACUCAAAUACAAAUCCUCCCUUGUCGAGGACCUAGAGUCACAGCUUGCCAAGGUCAUAGAGAAGAACACAGAGCUGACCAUCCAGAACUCCGACCUCCAGAAGAAAGUUGUAGAGCUCCACCAUGUCUCCGACGAGGUUGAGCACCUCAAGAACUCCCUCAACCAGAUGGAGACGGAGUGUGUGACCGCCAAGUCCGAGGUGAAGUCCCUGAGCGGCAAGGUUCGGAACCUGGAGUGUGUUCUUGAGGAGAUGCACAGAGCAGCGGAGAAUAGGAGGGAGAUAGAACGGCAGCACAAGGAGGCCCUGGAGAACCUUAAGAAGAAGCAGGAGGAGGUGGAGACAGUGGCAACCAAGAAACAGGCGGAGAUCAUCGAUCAAUUAAAAGUUAAAAUCGCAGAUUUAGAAAUAGACCGUAAAAUACAGAAUGAGAAGCAUCAGGAGUUAAUACUGGAGAUGGCUGAAAUUAAACGGUAUGGGAACGAAACUUCUCUGCCAGCAGAGAUUGAGAAUCCCUCGGAUAAUAUCGAGAUUGAUGAAAUCAUGGCUAAACUAGAACAGGAUAAUAAAUUUCUGGCUGACCUGGAGAAGCAGAGAGCUGCAAGUAAAGGAGACAGUCCUCCUCACAGAGCUGGAUCAGCAAUCACAGAUUCAGGUUUCUUGUCACAGUCAAGCUUGAAUGGAAACUCUACUAGUCCUAUAACACGUGAAAGAACUGUUUCUCUAAACCGCUCAACCUUAGAAUUACCUCGGUUAAGUGGAGCAGACAAGAUAAAUCUUCUCAGCGGGUCUUUCUCCGCUUCUGCGCUGAAUAGCCUACCUGGAGCACUUAGUCUUACAUCCAGAGAAGUUAUUAUCGAUAACGAUGGUAUGGUUGAGAUCCCUGGAAAGGGUUGGUGUUGGGUUUAUCUUGCAAGAUACUCCUAUGAUCCCUUCAAUCAUUCUCCCAAUGAUACCCCGGAGUCGGAGUUGGCGAUCAAUGCCGGAGAUUAUAUCCUUGUCUGGAGUGACCCUGAUGAGGACGGAUUUUUCGACGGUGAAAUCCUGGAUGGAAGGAAGGGUUUGGUUCCGUCAAACUUCGUAGAGAGAUUAGAGGGUGACGAACUUAUUGAGUUUUAUCAAUCAGUUGUAUUAGGGAUAGGAGACGGGAAUGACUCUGUGUGCACUUCAAUAGCACAGGACCUUGAUUUUAUCAGUUCCGACGAGGGUAUUGAGGAAACCCAGAAAUAUUUUACUUCAAGAAAGGCGACCCUGAGUCAUUAUGCAUCCUGUACUGAUCUAGACAUGACAGAAGAUGAAGGAGAAACCCCAUCCACAGAAUACGUUCCUCCACCAAAACAUCUCACUCUUGAAACCCAGCUAAACAAAUCCUUACUGGUUGGUUGGACUGCUCCAGACUGUCGGGUUGGAUUGAUUGAUUGCUAUCAGGUUCUCCUUGAUGGAGAAAUCAUGAGCACUGUCAGAGCUGGAGAGAAAACAUUGAAAUCUACAGUGCCCGGCUGCGAACCGAAUCAAAUCAACCGAAUCUCCGUGAAAUGUAUCGGGAAGAAUAAAAAGUCGUCUAGUGAGGCGGGUUGUACUAUGUUGGUUGGUAAGGAUUCUCCUUUAGCUCCGACAGCUCUUAGAGCCACCAGGAUCCGAACCAGCUCUGCCACAAUUAGUUGGCUUCCGUCAAAUUCUAAUUAUCUCCAUGUCCUGUGUUUAAACAGUCUAGAGGUGAGAACCUUGAAACCUGGUGUUUUUAAACACACUAUUGCAGGACUUACUCCAAAUACAGUGUACAGGGUAACUGUAAAAGCUAAGAAUAUAAAAGCGGAAUCUUACAACACGGAGAGAAAUAUUCCAGGUUCACUCUCAAGUCAUAUUGAGAUCCGAACCCUACCCCAGGGUCUCCCUGAUCCCCCUCUUGAUGUUCAAGUUGAUUCAGGUCCGGAUUCCGGUAGUAUCGUGAUCAUGUGGUUACCUGUUACCAUUACUCCGUAUGGUUUAUCCAACGGAGCUCCUGUCACUGGUUAUGUAGUAUACGGAGACGGGAAGAAGAUAAAGGAUAUUGAUGAACCUAUGGCGGACAGUGCGGUUAUAAACAUUGCCAAAACUCCUGUAAAAUCAAUCAGUGUUAGAACAAAAUCAAAUGACAAAUUAUCCAUCGAAAGUUCAUCUUGUCCCAUACCAACUAAUCUCUUAUUCAAACCUACUCCUAUCAAAGAAACAUUCAUCCCUGAUCCUGAUUCCGACUCUGACACAGAGCUAAUGGAGAAGAUUGCAAGCCGUCCUGUUCUCAACGGACCCAUCCGUCCUAGAGAGCUGAUCAUCAACUAUGGUGCAUAUCCGGAUCUAGAUUCAGAUAUAGGACCUAGUGAGCUCUCCGAUAUAGCGGAGGAACCUGAGGAUGAUCUCACAGAUACAGAGGAUAUCAGGGAGACCCGUGAGAGCCGGGUCACCAUAAAUAAAUCUCUGGUUGUUCAGGCACAGAACCAUAACAAUAACAACUCCUAUACAAGCAAUGUGAACACUAAUGUGUGGAAAGAUUCCCAGGCAAAGAACUCUAGUCAACCCAAACCAAACCAAGCUGAGGAGAAGAGAAGUUUAACGAACCUUGUUGUGGUCGAUAACAAGAACAAUAGAACUGAACAAAAGAACGCUAAUGUUGAGUACAACGCUAACCAGUCGAACAGGAACGAAAGAAUGCGUAUUUUUGUCGCUUUGUUCGACUACGAUCCACCAACUAUGUCGCCGAACCCGGACGCUUGCGACGAAGAGUUACCGUUCCGAGAGGGACAGCUCAUCAAGGUUGUCGGAGAGAAGGAUGGAGAUGGAUUCUAUUGGGGAGAGGCGGGAGGGAAAUCAGGAUUUGUUCCUUGCAACAUGGUGUCAGAGGUUCAGGUUGAUGAUGCAAGUGUAGCGGAAGAACUAUUUCGAGAGCAGGCUGGUUCCGCUAAUUCCGCUAGAAACGACAAGACGUCUGACCGCUGGGGCGACAUCUAUGAGGAUAUGCCGCUGCGUCGUAAGAUGGCGCUGUACGACUACGACCCCCGCGAACUGUCUCCGAAUGUGGACAGUGAGGUGGAAUUAUCGUUUCGAACUGGAGAUGUUAUAAUUAUCUACGGAGAUAUGGACGAUGAUGGUUUCUUUAUGGGAGAACUAAACGGAUCUCGAGGUUUGGUUCCUUCUAACUUCCUGGCAGAUAUUCCCAACGGAGUUGACAGUAAAACCAUGCUUAGGCAGGUUCUAGCUUCAGGUCCUAGGGUCCUAGGACAGCAAAGACCUGUAGUAUCAUCAGCUAGAUGGUAGUCCUGGAUACUCAUACUCAUUUAUUCUGGAUACACGUGCUUUACUCAACCCUGUCAUAACUCCUCGUUUAAAGUAUUUUAUUGCCUUGAAACGAUUUGAAGACUCUGCAAGAAAGAGCAGACAGUUCUAACCCGUGAUAAAAAACAAUGAUAAAAUAAUUAUGGUUAUAAUUGUGAUAAACUUCAUUCUAGAAAGAGAAAAAUGUUCUCAUGAGUUCACGAGCAUACCUAGAGCAUACCUAGAGCGUACCUAGAGUUUACGUAGAGUAUACCUAGAGCAAAACAAGAGCAAACCUGGAACGAACCUGGAUAUUAAGUUUCUAGAAAGAUACGGAUUUAAUCCUUUCCUGUAAAAACUUGUUCCCCAGCAUUCAAUUAUUCUUCCCUCACGUUUAUUUUCUGCCAAAUUCUUGCCUUAAAUGUUCUUAAUUUCGUUCUCUUACACUCAGUCCCAACAUUGUUCUCAACUUGAAAUUACACGCAAAUUAUACAUAUUAUGUUUUUGCCUUUUUUAAAAUCAUUAAAAAUUAAAAUGUU